GCCAAUUGAAGCUCUUGAUUCGUUCCUAGCAAAAUUGUUGGUGCUUCAUCCUAAUCAGAUCAAUUGUAUAUAAAACCCUAUGUUUCGAAUUCAACAAUUUAUUUUCUUUUGUUUUUUUUAGGUUUACCCAUUUUCUAUUUGUCUUCCACUUUUUUUUUCUUUCAUUUGCAUAUAAUAACCCACCUCUAUCUGACUUCUACUCACUAAACCAUCAUCAGCUUCUCUACUGAUUGUCAAGAACAUAAACAACACACUAAAUCCACAACACUGUCAGGCUAGCUCAAUACUUCUAAUAUUCCUGUAACAUCAUGUCAGCUAUCGAUCAGAAUAACAUUAGUUAUAUUUCAAACUACAUGAGCUUUGUUAAACCUCCAUCGUCCAUUUGGAAAUGGCCUAGAGCUGAACCGGUUCCUUCUCCACCUUAUCCUUUGAACAUAAAUUCAGCUACUGUUUCAAUUUACGAGUUUUUCUUGAAUUCAAAGACCCCCAUCUCAAUUGCGUUACUCUACUUCACCACAGUCCAUCUAAUCAACAACUACAUUAGAAAAAGACAAAUCAAAAAUGCUUUAGCAAACAACAUCAAAUUUGAUGUCAAUGAUCCAAAAUCAGUUAAAAAGUUGCCCCCUGUUGCUUUCAGCUUUGCCAAAACUGCUUUCUUUAAGAAAUUUAUUUUGCUUCACAAUAUUUUCUUGUGUCUUUAUUCUGUUUGGAGCUUCUAUAGCAUGUUAAAUGUUAUCAACUUUUCAAAGGAUAACUUGUACUCAAUUCUAACCGACUACUAUAACAAGAUCAACAAUGGCGCUUCGAAUGAAACAAAACCCAAUUUAUUCUGGAACGCUAUUUGCGAUUUGGAUCAUGGCAUUUGGAACAUCAAUUCAAAGGGCUUGAAUUACUAUGCAUUUUGGUUUUACUUGUCGAAAUAUUAUGAAAUCCUUGACACCGCAAUCAUAUUGUUGAAAGGAAGACCUUCAUCUUUAUUGCAAUCUUAUCACCAUUCAGGUGCUAUGCUUUCUAUGUGGGCUGGUGUUAGAUAUGCUUCUCCUCCAAUCUGGAUUUUCGUUGUUUUCAAUUCUUUCAUCCAUUCAAUCAUGUACUUUUACUAUACUCUCUCAAUUUUGAAAAUCAAAAUUCCCAAGAUUUUAAAGGCCUCUUUGACUUCUUUGCAAAUUUGUCAAUUUGUCUUUGGAGGCUCCUUAGCUUUUCUCCAUUUAUUUGUGACUUACAGAGACUCAAACGACGAUUUCAAAAAUUUCAAGUUUUGCAUCAACAGUGGUGGACAAGCAAUGGCUCUUUGGAUUAAUAUUUUCUAUUUAUUUCCCUUGACUCUUUUGUUUGGUGCGUUUUGGAUUGAAAGUUACUUGAAUCGUAAGUCAAAACAACUCAAAUAAGUCAGAAAGCAAGAAAAAAAGAAAACUUUUCACUUUCAACUGAAAAUUGAAAAACAACUUAUUCAUAAUCACUCAUAAUUUAUCCAUUAUUAAAAUCAUACUUUCAUAUAAACAUCUUUAAAUCAUUCAUAUUCCUCAACUCUUUAUUUUGUUUUUACUUGUUUUAUUUAUUUUAUCACUGUUGUCUGUUAGGUAUCUAAAUACUUCCACUGCUUUAUCUAUUUUGUGGAAAUAUCAGAUUUUUGUUUUUGUUUUUUUAUACAUGAGUUUACUAGUUCAAAUUAGUAUAUUUUGGUGUAUACAUACAUAGAUAUAAAUAAGACAUUCGUUACAAUAAUUUUAAUAACAACUU